AUGGCCACUCCGAGAAGCACCUAUAGCACGUACCAACUUGAACCUGACGUAAAAUUCCCCAAAGCCAUUGUCGCAAAGAUAGUUAAGGAGGUUGUGGACGGGCUCCUUCUUGGACGCGAAUAUGAACCCGAAUUCUGUCGGCAGGCUUCAAGAAGGAUGACGGACGUUUUGAAAGCCCGUGUUAAGUCGCUGCAGUUGAAGCGCUACAAAAUAAUUACACAAGCAACCCUCAGCAGCGUCAGUGACCCCAAUUUCUACUCAAGCAGCCGCUGCCUGUGGGAACCUGCGCUGGAUACCUGUGUUUCGUACGAUUUUUGCAACGGUAGCAUCGUCGCAACCGCCAACGUUUUCGGAAUCUAUCAGUCAUAG